GCGCGCUCCCGCGGCUGCCAGGCUAAGAAAAGGCGCAUCCUCUUUUUUUAUUGUCAUUUCAGUCACGUCGCUUUGCUCAGGUUUGACGUGAAGCAUGAAGGGGCGUGCGUUUAUCCUCUUCAUGCUCAAUUAGCAUCCUAAUUCAGAACAGAAAAAUCAACUUCUAGGCGAUUUCCAAUUGAAUUUCACGAUUUAUUGCGCUGGGUCGCUCUCUGUCCGCAAACGGCUGCAUCGGACGCACAAAACAAGAAUUUAGGCCAACGUGCUGGAGCUAUUUCAUUGAUUUGGAUCUGGACGCAGAGAUCUAGUAAUAAUGAUGCUGUGCUCAGGAGGGAGCGACAAAGCCUAGAAAAAAACAAACAAACAAACAAACAAAAAAACAAGAUCCAUAUGAGACACCUCCAGUCGUGGUCCUGAAUGCAGCGGGGACAGAGACACCUCGGUGUCCCCAUCAGCCUGGAUGCUGCGCCGCAGGAUGACCUACUCCGACCCGUCGUCGGCCAAAGAUCUGCUCGGCAGCAGAUCCCUCUGUUUCAUAUUUAUUUGCGCGUUUGGACUCGUCACGCUUUUACAGCAGAUUCUUUAUGGCAAAAACUACAUCAAGAGUGCGCAACAGUUUAGCCGACUCAAAGGGGACGAGACCGGAAAUUGGACCGGCCCCGUUAAUUUCUUCGAUGACGGAUCUCUGAAGCCAGCCAGAAAUGGAAGGAAAAGGUAUCUGGAAAACUAUGAUGGCGCCUUUGACUACAACUCUACAGCCUGCAGGGAGCUCAGACAAGAGAUUAUGGACGUCAAAGUCCUGACGAUGUGA